UUCGAACACAUCGUCAGUUAUUAUUUUAACGUUAAACAUGAAUUACCUAAAUCGCGUACAACCGGAAGCGGCUCUAAGAAGAAAUCUUGAGAAUCCGUUGCAUUUAAAUGUCUUACGGCGGCCAACAAAUGACAUACCCAGGCGUAAUCAUUUCGAAAGACCCGAAUUGAAAAAACAAGAAAGUGUGGUGGAUUUUAAAAAAGUUAUUGCCGAAAAUACCGAUGAAUUUUGUCAGCAUUCGACAUUGCAUGGCUUAAAAUAUAUUGUCGAUCAACAAUUGUAUCCGGGCGAAAGGAUUUUCUUUGCCAUGUCAUUUGUGGCCGUUGUCUUAAUGUCGAUAUUUUUCAUUUCCAAUGUGUAUGCCAAAUGGCGUUCCACGCCCGUUAUUGUGGGCAUAAAUCCGGAACCGAGUUUUAUUGUUAAUGAACCCUUUCCGGCCGUUACGUUGUGUAAUUUAAAUCAAGCCUCUAAGGCUAGAGCCCAAAUGUAUAAGGAAGAUUCAAGUGAAUACACCAUGUUACAGUUGUUGUGCAAACGGGAAGUGAACUUGUCAAUGGCGGAUUCGAUAAAUUGGAAUAAUUUUGAGGAUUUUAUUGUGAAUAUAUCCCAACCAUGUGAAGAAAUGAUAGUCGGCUGCAACUAUGGUGCUGUGGACUAUAAAUGUAGCGACAUUUUUCGCACCAUAGUCACCGAUGAGGGUCUCUGUUGUGUAUUCAAUAUGUUAAGUCCAAAUUUCAUGUAUAAUGUAGAAGUUUCCAAACUACGCAAUCAAACAUACAAUGACGAGGCUGAAGCUGUAAACUGGGAUCCCGAACGAGGUUAUCCUGACGAGUUACCCGAAAUUUUCUAUCCGCGAACUUCUGUGGGUACAGGAAUAACCUUGGGCUUAAGUCUAACAUUUGAUAUAGAUCUGUCGGACUACUAUUGUUCUUCUACAGCAAGUGUGGGCCUUAAAAUGGCACUACAUAGUCCUGCCGAAAUUCCUCAUGUACGAGAAAUUGGCACCCUAUUGCCAGCAGGAAGUGAGACUAAGAUACGCAUACGCACGGAUAAAACUGAAGCAGCGCUGAAUUUAAAAUCAAUUAAUAAACAAUAUAGAAAAUGUCUCUUUGAUGGCGAAGAGAAAUUGGAAUAUUUUUCGUACUACAAUCGCCGUAACUGUGAACGGGAAUGUCAGGCUCGUCAACUAUUGGACUCUUGUAAAUGUCUGAAUUACUAUAUGCCCAUGCUGGAGAAAGAUGCUAGAAUAUGUGGUCUGAAGGAUACACCUUGUGUUGACAUGGUUUUACAAAAUAAACGCAACAGAUCCCAUUCGGCAAUGGAGGAUUGUCAGCAUAAAUGUUGGCCCAGUUGUUUUGAUUUGAAUUUCUAUACGGAUUUCUUUUCCGCACCCAUAUCUCAUGAGGGCUUUGCCAUUGCCAAUAAGUUUGUAAAGAAUACCACCAGUGAAUAUGCCGAAAAGAAUAUGGCGGUGGUGCAUUUUUAUUUCACCGACAAUACAUUUCGUAGCACUAAACAAACGGAAUUUAUUGGCAUGACGGAUUUUUUGUCCAGUGUUGGUGGUUUGAUGGGUUUAUUCAUGGGCUUUAGUUUCAUUUCUAUAGCCGAAUUUAUUUACUAUGCUGUAUUGCGUCCCUAUCAUGUGGUGCAGCGUCACGAUCGCAUUAAAGGUGGCAGUCGUGCCGAUAUUUCUUUUCCCAACUCUCGAAAUCCUUCUUUGCGUUUUAUAGAUGCUCCAUCUUAUUAUGUAACAACGGAUCCUUUGAUUAAACCUUCAAAGUUGCAGCAGUUUCCGCACAGGCAAAUAGAACGUCGUAAUAGCGAUCACUUUGGCCAGAUAAUCCCAAAGUCCAAUAGGAGACAGAUUAAUUAGUAUUUCAUGUUGCCAAUAUUUAAAAUUUAAGUUACAAGCACAAAUUAAUAAAUCAAAUUGUAUUAAGUAUUAUAAAUAA